CUGUCCUCACAGAUCACAGAGCCAGGGGGUUUGAUUUUCAUCUCAGAGCACCAUGACUUCACUAAAGAAAACAAUGCUGCUGCUGCUGCUGCUCGUGGCAGCUGUCGGCACCUACGCAGCGCCGGAAAACUGUGAUGGUCUCAACAAAACCGUGCCAGCUAAAGACCUGCACAAGAUUAUGGGGGACUGGAUUCUGGUUUGGUCUGUCAAUGUGGAGAACAUCUCCAGCUCUCAUGUGGAGCUCCGUCUUCACCCUGACAAUACCACCAUCUCUUACAUCGAGAGGAACAUGUUCCUUGACAGUUCAUGUACCACGUACAACUCGACCGUGUUGAUUCCCUCUGAACAGUUUGUGAUGGACAUUGUUGCUGCCAGGAAAGAAGGUCAUCAUCAGGAUAUUGAGAAGACUAAGGUGGCCCACGGUGAUUUUAAGAAACUGGCCACCUGUCUGGGACUUCCUCAAGAUGACAGUUUCACCUACAAAGAAGCUCGAGAUUUUUGCCACAAGAAAUUUUCACCUGAACAGGCCUGAGCGAAGAUGAUGGAUCGUCUGAAUAGAUGUGUUGAUCACGAAUCAAUUAAAGGCAAAUACAUAAACCUACAUGUGUGUUUCUGUUUUCCUC